GGUCCCGACGGUGAGCACCACUGGUCCAAGCAUUACCCAUUCUGUGGCGGAACAUUCCAGUCACCCAUCGACAUCCAGACCCAGCUGCUGAGGUUUGACCCCACACUACGGCCAAUCGAGCUCCAGAACUACAACCUCUCAACCAAUGAGCAGCUGACCCUCGGGAACAAUGGACACUCGAUUCAGCUGUCCCUACCCAGGAGGAUGUAUCUCUCCAGCCUGCCUCAUCGUUACACUGCUGCUCAGCUCCACUUCCACUGGGGCUCAGAACACCUGCCCGUCGGCUCAGAACACACCGUCAACGGCAGACAGUUCGCUGCCGAGAUGCAUAUGGUGCUCUUCAACUCAGACAAGUACCCCAACAUCUCUGUGGCAGCAGACAAGUCAGACGGCCUGGCUGUACUGGGAGUUCUGAUAGAGGUCGGGGAAUUCAACCCAGCGUUCGAUCAGUUCCUCAAGUACAUCAAGGGUAUUAGAUACAGAGAUCAGAGGGUGCAGGUCCCAGCCUUCAACAUCCGCAGUCUGCUGCCUCCACUCCUGGAUGAAUACUACCGCUAUGAUGGCUCGCUGACCACUCCCCCUUGCUAUCCCAGCGUACUUUGGACUGUGUUCAAAAACCCUGUCACCAUCUCACUCAAACAGUUUCUGGCCCUGGCAACGGCCAUCUACUCCUCCGACCAACAGGAGUUGGCCCCGGUGGCCAUGAACAGCAACUACAGGAAACCACAGUACACAGACAACAGAGUUGUGCUCUGCUCUUUCCAGGGGGGCAGAGGACUACAGGGUGCUACUCAGACGGUCACCUCUCCGUUCCUGAGGAGGCAGGUCAUCAACCAGCUGUUAGGUGGAGACCUGGCAGACCUGGCAGACCGGGAUGGGCUCAACCAGCUGUUAGAUGGAGACCUGGCAGACCAGGAUGGGCUCAACCAGAUGUUAGAUGGAGAGCUGGCAGACCUGGCAGACCAGGAUGAGCUCAACCAGCUGUUAGGUGGAGACCUGGCAGACCUGGCAGACCAGGAUGGGCUCAACCAGCUGUUAGAUGGAGACCUGGCAGACCUGGCAGACCAGGAUGAGCUCAACAAGCUCCUGCCCAAGAAGCCCAGAGCACCGGGCAAGAAGUGGAAUGAUCUCAAAAACCACCAGAAAGGCUGGACCCAGAGCCAUAUUGGGUCCAAGCCCCACCAGAACACCUGGUCUCAGACCCAGAACAGCCUCAAGCAGCAGUGGCUGAAGCCCAAUAAGGUGCCAUCCGGCAGGGCAGGAGCUGCCAGACUAGUCCCCGCUCCCUGGAAGAACCAGCAGAACAGGAAGUCAGGUCUGAGCGAGGACAUGCUGUGUUACGUCUCCUUGGAGCAGAACGUGUCUCGCCAGCUGAGCAGAGGGAGAUCCCUUCCCCAUACAGACACCCAGCUGGUCGAGGCUCUCAGAGAAACUCUGUUCCCAGAGCUCAACCUGCGCAGCUACCUGGGCUGUAAGUCUGACCUGGCUCUGCUCACCAUCAGACAGCUCCUCCGGGGGAGAUCAGCCACAGAUGAGGCCCUGAAGCUGGACCAGGCCUUGGGGGGGACAGGGCAGAGGGGCUCCACAGCUCAUCAGCAGACCAUAGUGGGACAGAGAGGGUCAACAAAGAAGGAGCAGACCAACACCCUCUCCAAGCACCAAUCAGGCUUCGCUCCUGCCCCUGCUGCCGUGCCUAGGAAACCCAAUCAGCCAAUCCCAUGGCUCCAGCCUAUGGAGUGGGAGGACUAGAGUCCAGCCAGAUGUUUAACCUUUAGACCCUAAACCUAUAGCUAGUGCAACCACCAUCAGUCUCGCCCUCAGGUCAAUCUACAGUCGCGAGUGAAAAUGUACACAAUCUUUGUGUUGUCUUCACAUUUUUUCUGCCUUAAUAAAGUUCUAUCUAAAACGGGAUUAUAAGGUGAUUUUUUUUUCACCUAUCGAUCUACACAACCUACUCUACGUUUUCAAAGUGAAAUUAAAAAUGAUAGAAAAUGUGCAAAAUGACUAAGAAAUAGAAAAUGAGGAUGUAUUGAUUGUGUAUGUCUGGUGGAAACACAUUUGGCAGAAAUCACAGCUGUGAAUCAUUUUGAAUAUGAUUCUACCAACCUUGCACAGCUGUUUGGGCAGCAUAUAUCCUUAGCCUUUUUUUUCAAUUAUUUUCCAUUAGACAAAAGAUUUAACCCACAUGUUGUCUUAGUUUUUUUUUUGCCACACUAACAAUGUCUUACUGUAUUUAAAUUAUUUUAUAUUAUUUCAACUAACUUAUGUUUUAAUUUACUGAAUUGUUGAAAUAAUAUAAAAUAUUUUUUUUUUGUCAAAACCUUCAGAACAUAUUCCAACCCCUUUAGUUUUUCCCACAUGUUGUUGUUGUUACAGCCUGAAUUUAAAAUGUAUUACGUUGAUAUUUUGUUCUCCUGAUCUACACACAAUACCACAUAAUGUCAAAGUGGAAUUUUAUUUGUAAUUAUAAUUGUUGUAUCUCAACAUUUUUUUGCCUAAAUAAGUUCAGAAGUAAAUAUGUGCUUAACAAAUGGCAUAAUUUACAACAACGACCUGGGGAAUAGUUACAGGGAUAAAUGAGACAGGGAUGAUUAGGUGACCAUGACGAUCAGAUUGGGAAUUUAGCCAGGACACCGGGGUUAACACCCCUACUCCUACAAUAAGCGCCAUGGGAUCUUUAGUGACCACAGAGAGUCAGGACACCCGUUUAACAUCCCCAUCCAAAAUACAGCACCCUACACAGGGCAAUGUCCCAAUCACUUCCCUGGGGAAUUGGGAUAUUUUUUUAGACCUGAGGAAAGGGAGCCUCCUACUGGCCUUCCAAAACCACAUCCAGCAGCAUCUGGUCUCCCAUCCAGGGACUGACCAACCCUGCUUAGCCUGCUUAGCUUCAGAAGUAAGCCAGCAGUGGGAUGCAGGGUGGUAUGCUGCUGGCAAGAGAUGGGGUAGAAGUUGCAUGGACUCACUCUGUGUUCAAUAAUAGUGGUUAACAUGAUUUUUUGAUUGACUACCUCAUCUCUGUACCGCACAUAUACAAUUAUCUGUAAGGUCCCUAAAUCGAGUAGUGCAUUUCAAGCAAAGUAUCAACUACAAAUACCAGGGAGGUUUUUCAAUGCCUCGCAAAUAAGGGCACGAUUGUUCGAUGUGAACGGGGAAAAAAGCAGUGUUUUCUUUGCAGAAAUUCGACCAUGAAGGCCUGAUUCACGCAGUCUCCUCUGAACAGUUGAUGUUGAGAUGUGUCUGUUACUUGAACUCUGUGAAGCAUUUAUUUGGGCUGCAAUCUGAGGUGCAGUUAACUCUAAGGAAUUUAUCCUCUGCAGCAGAGGUAACUCUCUUGAAGAAACUUUCAAAGUUCUUGAAAUGUUCCGUAUUGACUGACCUUCAUGUCUUAAAGUAAUGAUGGACUGUCGUUUCUCUUUGCUUAUUUGAGCUGUUCUUGCCAUAAUAUGGACUUGGUCCUUUACCAAAUAGGGCUAUCUUCUGUAUACCAUCCCUACCUUGUCACACCACAACUGAUUGGCUCGUUGGCUCGAAUGCAUUAAGAAGAAAAUAAAUUCCACAAAUUAACUUUUAACAAGGAACACCUGUUAAUUGAAAUGCAUUCCAGGUGACUACCUCAUGAAGCUGGUUGAGAGAAUGCCAAGAGUGUGCAAAGCUGUCAACAAGGCAAAGGGUGGUGGCUACUUUGAAGAAUCUCAAAUUAUUAUUUGUGUUAUUUCAUAGUUUGGUUGUAUUCACUAUUAUUCUACAAUGUAGAAAAUAGUAAAAAUAAAGAAAAUCCCUUGAAUGAG